AUGACAAACUUAGAAAACAUCUGCGGUAAAUUUAACUCUUCAAUAGAGAAUAUGAAACUUAUAGUAUGUAACGAACUUCAAAGUAUAGAUACAACAAAGGUUUUAAACUCAGAUGCUUUGAAGAGUCUUAUAACAGACAAAGUUGGAGUUGUUGAAAGAAAAUAUAAAGACCAAAGAGUUUGUGAAAAUGUUGCAAAUUUCAUCAUGGUUUCAAACAACGCCGUUCCGAUGAAGUUAGAAAGUUCUGACAGAAGAUAUGUAGUUGUCAGAACGUCAGAAGCUCAUAUGCAAGAUACAGAAUAUUUUGACGACUUAGCAGAAACUUUGACACCUAACUUUUACAACCACUUGUUCUCAUAUUUCAUGACAUUAGAUAUUUCUAAGUUCAAUCCAAGACAAAUUCCACAUACCGAAGAGAGACAAACAUUGUUAGAAGCAAACAAGAGUGUAUAUGAACUGUUCAUAGAUGAAACUGACUUUGAGUGUUUAGAUGAAAGGUCAUUGUACGAUUCGUAUAAACAAUAUUGCCAAGAGUAUGGUUAUAUGACAGCGUCUAAACGAACAUUCUUGGCAAAUGUCAAAAGUCUUUUAGACGUACAGAAUGGUAUAUAUACAAAGAAAAAUUUUUCUGAGUAA